UGUUUUUAUCUUCUUCAUUCUCAUAAUACAACUAAAGCCAAAACAACAACAAAAUGGGUGAUGUUGAAGGUUCUCCAGGAAGCUCAAUGCAUGGAGUGACUGGAAGAGAACAAACCUUUGCAUUCUCUGUAGCUUCCCCGAUCGUCCCAACUGACACCACGGCUAAAUUUGCAUUACCGGUCGACUCGGAGCAUAAAGCUAAGGUUUUCAGGAUAUGGUCUCUAGCCAACCCCCACAUGAGAACCUUCCACCUUUCUUGGAUUUCCUUCUUCACAUGCUUUGUGUCCACCUUCGCAGCCGCCCCUCUCGUCCCCAUCAUUCGCGACAACCUCAACCUGACGAAAGUCGACAUCGGGAACGCUGGAGUUACAUCUGUUUCUGGGAGUAUCUUCUCUCGUCUUGUGAUGGGGGCUGUGUGUGACCUUCUUGGACCACGCUAUGGAUGUGCGUUUUUGAUAAUGUUGUCGGCUCCGACGGUGUUUUGUAUGUCGUUUGUGUCGAAUGCUGCUGGUUACAUAGCGGUUAGAUUCAUGAUAGGGUUUUCGCUAGCGACGUUUGUGUCGUGUCAGUAUUGGAUGAGUACAAUGUUUAAUAGUCAGAUAAUAGGGCUUGUGAACGGGACAGCAGCUGGGUGGGGUAAUAUGGGAGGAGGAGCAACUCAAUUAAUAAUGCCAUUGUUGUAUGAGGUUAUUCAGAGAGCUGGUGCUACUCCUUUUACUGCUUGGAGGAUCGCUUUCUUCAUUCCUGGUUUCCUUCAUGUUCUUAUGGGCAUUUUGGUUUUGACUCUUGGUCAAGACUUGCCUGAUGGUAACCUUGCUAGUCUUCAGAAGAAGGGAAACGUUGCCAAAGACAAAUUCUCCAAUGUCUUGUGGUAUGCUGUGACCAAUUAUCGAACUUGGAUCUUCGUCCUCCUCUAUGGCUACUCCAUGGGGGUCGAGCUUUCCACCGAUAACGUCAUUGCUGAAUAUUUCUACGAUAGGUUCGAUCUAAAGCUUCACACAGCGGGAAUCAUUGCAGCAACAUUCGGGAUGGCGAAUCUAGUGGCUAGACCGUUUGGAGGGUAUGCGUCUGACGUAGCAGCGCGAUACUUUGGGAUGAGAGGAAGGUUGUGGACACUAUGGAUCCUACAAACAUUUGGGGGAGUGUUUUGCAUGUGGCUGGGUAAAGCAACCAAGUUGCCAAUAGCAAUAGCGGCAAUGAUAUUGUUCUCAAUAGGAGCACAAGCAGCAUGUGGAGCAACAUUUGGUAUAAUUCCAUUCAUAUCAAGGAGAUCUCUGGGAAUAAUAUCAGGACUAACAGGAGCUGGUGGAAACUUUGGAAGUGGUUUAACACAAUUAGUAUUCUUCUCAACAACAAAAUACUCAACUGACACAGGAUUGUUUUUGAUGGGAAUAAUGAUUGUUUGUUGCACUCUUCCAGUAACUUUGGUUCAUUUCCCUCAAUGGGGAAGCAUGUUUCUACCACCAACUAAACAUGUUGAAAAAUCAACUGAAGAGUUUUAUUAUGGUUCUGAAUGGACUGAGGAUGAAAAGAAGAAAGGUUUGCAUCAACAAAGUAUUAAGUUUGCUGAGAACAGCAGAUCUGAACGUGGUAGACGUGUUGCUUCAGCUCCAACUCCACCAAAUACAACUCCUACUCAUGUUUGAAUGAAAAAUCAAACCUUUUAAUUAAAAUGCUUUCUUUUUGUAUAUGCAUAUAAAAAAAUACUUAGGUGCAUAUAUCAUGGUCAACCAGCAUCUGUCCUGGUUUCUGGCAUCUAUCGUUUGUGUAACUCAUCGAAUUGUUCCAUUAUAAAUUGCCACGUGAAGGUUUUUUUCUUGAGUGAUGAGAAGAAAUUGAUAGAGAUGAGUGUGUUUUAAGAUGCGCCAAAUUAAAGGAUUGUUGUUUUACUAUUUCUUAUUUCUUUUCUUUUCUUUUUUUCUGUACAUUUUGAUGUACUUUUGUUGUAUUUUGAAUCGGAAAGUAUAUGCUGUGAAAACUCCCCCGGAUGAAACUAGCAAAAUGGGUUAUAUUUUGGAGGUGAUGUAAAAGGAUGCAAUUGGGAGUUUUUUAGUAUAUUCUUGGGAAUCUUGUUCUGUAUUAAGAAAAGAGUUUGAUGGAAUUAAUGUGAGUUUUAUAA